AUGGCUACAUGCCCCAACUCUCCUACUAUAUAUUAGCAAGCUAGUACAUCAUCCCAAUUCACAAUACCAACAACCUAUCCAUCAUUUUAGGUGUUGAUACAAAAGAGAAGACAAUGGCCGAGCCAAAGCCAGAGUUCAGUGAUCUUAUUACGCAAGCGAAGAAAAAAAUAGUACCAAAGUUCACUGAAAUCUUCCCCGUGGAGGACGUGAACUACCCUUACGGCUCCUUCAUCGCCGCGGUCAGGAAAGAUGUGGUCAAAUACUGCACCGACCAUAAAGGCAUCUUCCAGCCUGUGCUGCCGCCGGAGAAGAAGGUCCCCGAGCUCUGGUUCUACACCCAGCUCAAAACCAAGACCAGCUCCAUCACGCUCGCCAUACGCAUGGACAACCUCUACCUCGUCGGCUUCAGGACCCCGGCCGGUGUGUGGUGGGAGUUCGGCAAGACCGGCGACACCCACCUCCUCGACGACAACCCGAGGUGGCUCGGCUUUGGCGGCCGGUACCAGGACCUCAUCGGCAAUAAGGGCCUGGAGACCGUCACCUUGGGCCGUGCCGAAAUGACAAGAGCCGUCAACGACCUGGCGAAGAAGACGACGAUGACAUUAGAGGAGGAGCAGCUGCUGAUGCUGCAGGAUGCUGGUCUGGCAGCGGCGGCUGACCCGCAAGCCGACACGAAGAGCAAGCUGGCGAAGCUGGUGGUCAUGGUGUGCGAGGGGGUGCGGUUCAACACUGUGUCCCGCACGGUAGAAGCGGGGUUCAACAAAGGGGUGACCAUAAGCGAGAUGCAGGGGAAGCAGGUGCAGAAAUGGGACAGGAUCUCGAAAGCUGCCUUCGACUGGGCUAAAAACCCGAACGCUGUGAUCCCUGACAUGCAGAAGCUUGGCAUCAAAGAUAAAAACGAGGCUGCGAGGAUCGUUGCGCUCGUUAAGAAUCAAACUACUGCUACUGCUAGUGCUAGUGCUACAUAUGAGAAGAGCGAUGUCUGAUGAUCGACACAUCAUGACUUGCCGUUGUACUCCUAGCUAUAUGCAUACCGUGCUUGCUGCUACUAUGUUUGUAUACAAAUAAAUACACCCCGCGUACGUGGUGUUCCUUGUAGCCCUCUAAUGAGAAAUAUCUAAAUAAAAUCCAGCAUGCUCCCCAUGCUGUGGUGGUUUAAAUUUGAGA